CACACACAAAGUUUUGCUGUUCAUCAUAAAUGAGACAGGCGUCUCUAACAGCUAAAGGAACAUAAAUGUGGAGAAAAAUUUUUAUCGUUUUAUUUAUGUCAAAUAAACAAAAAUGUUUCUAAAUUCUCAAUAAGCAGAGCAAAUCAUUACCAGCAUUACAGAAACAUCCUUAUAACUCCAGAUCAGCUUUAUGCAUUUUUCCACAGACAAAUUAUCUUUGUUGGUGAGUUUUGAGGUCUCCUGAUCUCCUUCCACAGAUUCUCUGUCAGAUUCAAAAAGAUUAAUAUUACUUCCUAAAUGUUGGUCAAAUUAAAAUAUUACUUCAAAUCUAAAUCUGCCAGAGAUGUAAACUGUUUUGAUGUUAAGUUCACAUAUGUCCCCACAAACAUCUGGAUUGGUGUACCUUAGGAAUUUACAGAGAAUAUACUUUUGGUAGCAGCAAUAAUACAUAACUGGAAUAACUGAAUGUGUGACAAUCCUUCUUGACAGAAAUGGUAGAGAUUAGUUAAUUUUCUGGCAUCAACUUGCUUUUAAAAAUAAUCCACUAAUCUUUAAUUGGCUGAGGUCAGUAGCAAUCUGAUUCUUCUGUGAAAAACAUAUUUGGUGACUGUUUCAUAAUCUUUUAGUGAAAGAAAGAAAGACUGCUUUUUGUUGAGCAAGAGAGUAUGAUGGAGUAGUGGCAGUGAGCAGUAAUGCUGUGUAAUCAACUGAUUAAGGGAGAGAUCAAGUGGAGCAUCACCCCUCCCUCCUGCUCUUGGCAACUGAUGUCAAGACUGUGUUGCUAUGGGCAACCGUCCGGGCAAGAGAGAGGAAAAUGGAGACACCACCUGGUGUGCAGGAUGGCAACAGAGAGGCUGAGAGAACAGAAGGGAAGAAACAUCAUGUCAGAAGGACACUGAAGUCAGAUUCUGAAAGCGGAGCUCAGGAUGGUGACGAGGGAGAGUCAGACGGAGGACACUCAGCCUGCCAGCAUCAGCAGCCGGGAGGAAGGCUGGCCAAUCACCAGCUGACAUGCUCAGAAAUGCAGGAGCCAAUGAAAUGCCAGCAGGCGCCCUCCACAGCACAACAACUCGGAUGCAGAGGCUGCACAAUCUGAGCUCGGAUGUCUUAUUAAUGGAUGGAGCGCUUCCUGGGCUGCAUCGCUGCACGUCUCUGCUGCUCUUUCACCUGAAACGGGAGGAUGGAGAGGAAAAUCAGCAAAGAUGGAGGAAAAAGCGGUGCCAAGACUGUGAGAGGGCGGCGAACAAACCCAGAGAGCCCUGAUGAAGGCUCGGCUGAGGACGUGGCAGCAGCUUUUAAAGGGACGGACUCCCAUCCUGAUCCAAACCUGCCGGACUCGUCGUCCCCAUCACCGUCCUCCUCCUCCCCUCUUCCUCAGCCCGCCAUGCCUCCUUCCGUGUCUGCCUCUACUCUCCUGGCUCUGGCGUCUCCAGCAACCAGGCGGUCCAUCUCCAUGGGAGACUUUCGGAGGGUGACAGGGGCUCUCUUGGCCGGUUCCGAUCCCCCGUCCACUUCUGCCACGGCCCCCUCCUCCAAGCUGGUCACCCCCAGCUCCAGCAUGGAGUUCGAGGCGGCCCGGCGGCGCCUGCUGGAGGUGGAGGAGCGGCAGCGGGUCAUCAGGGAGAUGGAGCGGCGGCUGGAGGAGCUCAGGGAGAUGUUUGUGCGGUCCGAGCAGCAGGUGGUGGUUCACGGGGAGCUGGUGUCGCGGAUAACCGGUGCGGCCCAGCAGGGUGAGCUGUACGUGGCGGAGAACACCCAGCGGGUGAAGAAAGGCUUGAAGUUCAAGAAGCACCGACCCACCAUCGUGUUUUCCUCCAUGCUCGGACUGCGCACGUGCCUCCCCUGGCCUGUGAAGCUCAAAUAGGACGUCAGAUACUGACCUUUCACCCAUGACAUUAGAAAUGUGCUUUACAUUAAAUAGUGAGGGGUGGAGCUCCAUCCUUUAGCUCUCAGUGACACGGCUGCUCUCCAGUUACAACCUUACUGCUCUUGAAUCCUGAGGCUGGUCCUUCAGGGGUUAGAGUGCCUAAAUAUCACAGAGGCCAGUAAGGAGCUUCCGGUUCAGUAGAUUUCUGGAGAAAACUCCCUGGCUAGUGCAUUGUGUACGGGAUGUCGUUGUGUCCUAGUUGCUCUCACAGCUUAUUUGCUGCUUGCAGUUAUUAUUAGUGCUUGCUUUUGAGAGAUUCAUGUCAAAUUCAUGAUGCACAGAUGAGUCAAGGGGAUGUGGGAGGUGAGCUCUGCUCUCUUUUCAGGAGGUUCUGCUGCACUUUAACUUCUGCAGCAGCGAGGAGGGUUAUGUAAGCUUACUGAAGAAGGGGCAACACAACAGUGUAGAUCACUGAACUAUCUGCCUGGGCAGCUCAUAAAGGGCAAAGUGAAGGACAGAAAGGUAAGAUGAGACGUUUGCUGCACUGUUACAUAAAACCGAUGCAGACAGAUGCAGAAAUAGAAAAUGUAAUUGUGGGAAAUGAUUGAAAAAAUGUGCCUUGGCUUCUCUGAGACUGCUCAUCCCACUGUCAUAGCAGCAUUAAGGAAAGACAGAUAAUAGGGGGAAAAAUCAUGCUGGGACACUUCCACCUGUGGCCUCUUUUUAUCCUGUCACCUAGCAACCAUUUAUUCCUCCAUCCUAAAUCCUCUUCCACAUAAAAUGCAGAAUGUAUCCAGCUGAGAGCCCUGAUUACUCUACUGUGGCAGGGAUUUUGUAAAACAAAUGAUAAACAUCAAGAUUUAUUAUUAUUAUUAUUAUUAUUAUUAUUAUUAUUAUUAUUUCUGCUUCUGAUGAUCGGGGGUUAGAUUUGAAUUACUCAUGCAUGCAUCAGCUUGUAAAUCUUAGCUGUGCUAACUCUGCUGUCUUAAUGAAGAACAAGACGAUGAUAUGAGCUACAGGUUUGCUUCUUAGAAUGCAAAUAUAACUUUAAGUGCACAAAAGACCUCACUAAUAUGGAAUCAUAGUGGUUGUAGCAGGUUUGACCAAUUAAGUCAAGUGUUUAUUUACAUCAUGUUGCUGCAUUAUCUGUUAAGCACAACACAUUUGUCCCAUAAUGUUUUUUUUUUCUCAUUUCUAUAUAUGUUUUUGUCUUUGGGUUAAUAGUGAUUGACUUUUUGCAUUCUGUUCCUCUCCUUUGAUGUACACAGGUAUUAAUUGCAUCAGGGAUGUCUCGUUUGGGCAUUAACAGGUUAUGUAGUGAUCCACACUCAGUCUAGGUUCACUGUUUGUCUGGGUAAAAUGUCCUGACAAACACCCUUUUUUCUGCAGUAACACAAUCCCUGAUGGUGCUUUGCUACGAAGAACCAGGAGCCAGGCUGCACAACAGGGAGACACAAGCUUUGAUUGUAUCACCACUUUCACUAAAUGAUUCAUUCCGUUUGUGAUUCUUCUUUCUUUCUUUCUUUCUUUCUUUCUUUCUUUUUUUUGCUUGCUUGCACAAAUUUAAUGGAUGUUUUAGAAGCAUCCACUUCAUGUACUUUUAUAGAGUUAAGAAUAACAGAGGAAGACACUAAUGGGAGACCAGGUUGCCUGUGUUUGACAAAAUGCAUUUAUAAGAAAACUAUGAUGCAUGUAAAGGAUGUGAAGACUCUCCACAUGAGGCUGGUUCACUUCAGUAGGAGCUGGAUUUGGGUCAUUGCUAAUUUUCACUUGAAGGGCUUAAAAAUGGAGUUUGUCUGUGUUGCUUGGAAACACUUAAAGGAGCACUCUAUCAAAUAGUUUGUCAAACAAUUUAUUCACAUUGUGGAUCUGAGACUUUUUCAGAACAUUAAAAGAUACAGAUAUUUCCAUACUGACUGACAUUUUAAAACAAUAAAACAACAGAAUUUUGUAUUUAUUUUAGCUGGUUAUGUGUUUUAUGAUGACAAAAACAGAUAAAAAGAUCAGUUGGUACUGCAACAUGUGCAUGUCUGCCUCAUAUGGGUUUUACUCUGGUUUGAAGGACCAUUUAAAUACAAUUUUACUGGCAAUCCUGUUGGACACGCUUCGCUUAGUCCCCAGUGAAUAUUAAGAAAAUCAAUAAUCCAGGUCUCACAUGGGUCCUACUUUUCUCCAAGAAUUGUCUUUUAUAAAAUCUAUUUCAGCAUUUCUCUGUAACCUGUGAGGAAUCUUAUCUGCCAACCCAGAUCCCAGUCAGAUACUAGCUGGGCUGUUUGGCUGAAAGUGUUUUUCAGUGUUGGAUGCAGUGAUGAACUGUUCUGAUGAACACAACGUUUAGAAUAUCUUGUUUUUCCAAAUUGUAACUAGAAAACAGUUAUUUAGGGAUUGGAACAAGUAGCUGGUUGUCCUCUAGUUUAAACCAGGAAGUUACUCAUAUUCUCCACUUUUCUAUAUGAAGCAAAGACGACAUUAGAGAGAAUUUUGAAUUUACCAGUGAUACUUGUGGUUUUAAUCUGAGAACCGUUGUGAGAAAUAGCUGGAGUGCCUCUUCAUUCAAAGAAACUGGGUCAAACCAAAUGUUUCUCUUGACCUACUGAGAGCCACAAAGUCUUUCUCCUUGAAUGUUGACUAUUUAGCUCAGCAUUAUACAUGCCCAAAGUAAAAAAAAGAAAAAUAUGCUUUCUGGGUUUGUGCCCAUCUAUACCAAACAUUAGCGUAGAAAGGUUUUAUUUAAUAACAUGUAUUUAUGCUCCUGUAUAUAUAGAGCUACCUGUACAUACAGUUAGCCUGAUUUGCUGUUUGAGAUUUUUCUGUUUUGGUCUUUACAGAAAGGAUGGUACUCACACAAACAGCCGGACAACAUUUACAUAUGGGCCCCAUAUGGGUAGAAAUAAUGGGUCAAAGAUGGGAUUGUAUCUAUGUUACAUACUGACUUCAUUUUAAUGUUUUGUUGCAGAAGAAUAUUGGAACGUGUGGGGAUUUUCUUUAUGGGACCCAGUUAAGACCCACAUGGGGUGCCUGAAUUUCUCACACAUUACCCAAAGAUCUCUGGGCCCACAUGCAGAAUGAAUGUAAUGUUGAUUGUUGGGUGUUUCUGUAUUUUUCUGAACACUGGUUAUAUAAUAUUUCCAUUUUGAACCUGUGGCUAGUAUUUACUUUGAUGAAUUUGGAACCUGUUACCACAGCUCUAGCUCAUUUAGCCCUUUACUCACAUCAACACUGACUAGCCACAGGCUCAAAACCACCUUUAUGAAGUUUAACACUUGAAUGUUUGAAUAAUUCAUGUUUACUUAUGCAUACCAGUUAUUUAUUGCUUUAAAAUUUGUGUGAUAUUCUUAUGGUAUGUUUAAAAGCUAUAGCUUUUUUCCUCAGUUAUUAUUGACUACAAUUAGAGCUGCACACUUUAGCAUCAUCUGUUUUUGAUGAAAAAAGCUUUAUGAUAAAACGUUAAUUCAUGUUCUGCUUUGGGUUCCUGCUUUGUUUAGUUUGCAACAAUAAAUUUCUGCACAACGCUACACAAUUAUCAAAAGACUCCUCUCAAGCUUAUCUUUUGAAAGAUUAUUUGUUGGCAACAUGAUACAAUUUAUUAAUAAAUUAACUACAUGACUUGAA